CACAGUCAAUGAGUGAACGUGAUACAAACUGACAGACUGGGAACUGAUUCACGUACGACCCAGGAGGAGUUGGAAAGAAAAAAAAAUAAACUAUAUUUUGAUAGCUGUUUUCGUUUUGGAUUUGCGACCUCAAGGGGAGAUAAUAUUUGUGAGAGUGUGUUCCACCAGUCUCUGUCCCUUCCUAAACCUCAGUCCUCCUCCUUCCUUUGACACUUCAUCAUGGUGGACCUGUUCGCUGACCGAGUCCUGGUGAAGAACAACACGGACCAGGAUGAGCUGGACACAGAACGAGAGAUCGUCAUGAGCCUGCAGAACCGCAUCCUGAUGCUCUUCUUUGCAUCUGCUGCAUGUGAGAGCUGCCAGCAGUUUGCUCCCACGCUCACCGACUUCUUCAAACGGUUGACAGAUGAAUUCUAUGUGGACCGCGCUGCUCAGCUUGUUCUCCUGUACAUUAGUUUGGACCAGUCAGAGCAAGAGCAAGAAAGAUUCCUGAAAGAGCUGCCCAAGAAGUGCCUGUUCCUGGCCUAUGAGGACCCCUACAGGAGGGAGCUGGAGGUCAUGUUUAAAGUGGAGGAGCUGCCCACUGUGGUGGUGCUGCGCCCCGACGGCUCCAUCCUCAUCCCUAACGCAGUGGAGGAGAUACUCUGCCUCGGCCCAGACUGCUAUCGCAACUGGCAGGAGGCAGCAGAGAUCCUCGACAGGAACUUCAUGAUCAACGAGGACUUUGAGGGGAAGUCCAUGCACAGCUUGAGUGACCCAGUGAGGAGACUGAAGUACAAGGUGGAAGAUGAGAAGAAGAAAAAGAAGAAGAGAAAGCGCAGAAGGUGGGGUGGAGGGGGAGAGGAAGAUGCGGAUUGCAAGGAUGGAGCAGGGUCAUCAUGGUAAUGGAGACCAAGAACAAGAGGACAAGAUUGUUGGUUUCCCCAAAGGUUGCCAUGAUUAGCAACACAAAGCUUUGUCAUAAGGUUUCCACUGAUGCUGCCAACAUGACACAGUUCUGUUUAAUUUAACAAAACCCUUUUCACAGCUCAAU